GUGGAUCAAAGUUUUGACUGUUACAAAAGAAGGAAAGAAAAUGACAACAGGGGUAGCAAGACAGACCCUCCAGAGCACAACUGAACGUACACAUUUCAAGCUGGAUGCGUCAACCUGGACGCCCACGUACCUGCCUUUUCUGCUGAGAGGGAUUUCUCCGCCCGGUUCGUGGCUGCGCGCCGCUCUGCUGAGAGGCACCGGCCCCCCUGCCGCCUCCAAACGGCCGCCGUAGAAGCGUGCUCCAGCGACGCCUGCGCUCCGCAGCCGGCCCCACUUCCAGCCAUUCGCCCCGGCAGCCUCCAGACUGCUGCGAGCGUAAGCGCGCGCGGCGAGCCCGCGCUAGGACCUGCGCUGCUGCCUCAGCGCAGGGGGCAGCCGGAGCCCGCCCUGAGGCGACUCCUCGAGCCCCCAGCGUGCGCUGCACGCAGCGCCUCGGCCCGCACCGACACGCCCACGUCCCCCUUCAGCAGAGCUCAAGCCCGCCCCCUGCAACCACCCCGACUCGCGCUCUCAAGCGAGCACGUGGCAGUCAUCACCCCACGUGGGCAUAUCAGCACGCUCGGCUAAUCAGCGGUCUCCAUUCGCCUCUGGAGCGCGCGGGUAACAGCCAAUGGGAAACCAGCGCGCGAAGCCGAGGGGAUCGAGGCGGUUACUCGGCGGCAGUUGGCGGUGCUCGGCGGGAGGUGGUGGACGCGGUCUGGUGCAGUCGAGGCUCCUGAGCUUGGCCAGGCAACAUGCGUGAAUGCAUAUCUAUCCACGUUGGUCAGGCUGGUGUUCAGAUUGGCAAUGCAUGCUGGGAAUUGUAUUGUCUUGAACAUGGGAUCCAGCCUGAUGGUCAAAUGCCCAGUGAUAAAACUAUCGGAGGUGGAGAUGAUUCAUUUAAUACUUUCUUCAGUGAGACAGGAGCUGGUAAACAUGUUCCCAGAGCAGUGUUUGUGGACCUAGAGCCAACUGUAGUUGAUGAAGUACGUACAGGCACGUAUAGGCAGUUAUUUCAUCCUGAGCAGCUCAUUACUGGGAAAGAAGAUGCAGCUAAUAAUUAUGCUAGAGGCCACUAUACCAUUGGAAAAGAGAUUGUUGAUCUAGUGCUAGACCGCAUUCGCAAACUGGCUGAUCUGUGCACAGGACUGCAAGGUUUCCUUAUCUUUCACAGUUUUGGAGGAGGCACUGGUUCAGGGUUUGCAUCUCUGCUCAUGGAAAGGCUCUCUGUUGACUACGGAAAGAAAUCUAAACUAGAGUUUGCAAUUUAUCCAGCACCUCAGGUUUCCACUGCUGUAGUGGAACCUUACAAUUCAAUUUUAACUACCCACACAACACUGGAGCAUUCAGACUGUGCAUUCAUGGUAGAUAAUGAAGCCAUUUAUGAUAUAUGUCGUCGCAACCUUGACAUAGAACGUCCUACUUAUACCAAUUUAAACCGACUGAUUGGGCAAAUUGUUUCAUCCAUCACCGCUUCACUGCGUUUUGAUGGAGCCCUCAACGUAGAUCUCACUGAAUUUCAAACUAACCUUGUUCCAUACCCACGAAUCCAUUUCCCCCUGGUAACAUAUGCUCCUGUCAUCUCUGCUGAAAAAGCAUAUCAUGAGCAGUUAUCUGUGGCUGAAAUUACCAAUGCUUGUUUUGAACCAGCUAACCAGAUGGUAAAAUGUGACCCUCGCCAUGGCAAAUAUAUGGCCUGCUGUAUGUUAUAUAGAGGUGAUGUCGUACCUAAGGAUGUUAAUGCAGCUAUUGCUACUAUCAAGACUAAACGUACCAUUCAGUUUGUGGAUUGGUGCCCAACUGGAUUCAAGGUGGGCAUUAACUAUCAGCCUCCAACUGUGGUGCCAGGUGGUGACCUUGCAAAGGUGCAGCGGGCUGUGUGUAUGCUGAGUAAUACAACUGCUAUUGCUGAAGCAUGGGCUCGCCUUGACCACAAAUUUGAUCUCAUGUAUGCUAAACGUGCCUUCGUACAUUGGUAUGUUGGGGAAGGAAUGGAGGAAGGAGAAUUUUCUGAAGCCCGUGAAGAUUUGGCUGCGCUUGAGAAAGAUUAUGAAGAAGUUGGGGUAGACUCAGUAGAGGCGGAGGCUGAAGAAGGGGAUGAAUAUUUAGAAAACUGAAAUCUGGAAAACUAUAUUCAGCAAAAACAACAACAAAUUGCAGAACCCUGUUCACUUGUUUGAUUGUUUUCAAAUAAAGUUUUAAAGGUUC